ACCAAAUUCGGUUCAGUGCAAUUUAGCCUCGAUUUCAAAUCACAGAAUUCAGGACUAUAAUGUUUAAGAGCUACCAGCAUGAUGUAGUUGUACAUCCUUCGCUAGACUGAGUGGCGCUUGUUCAAUAUAUUGAUGCAAAGGGAGUCCCUUGCAUCAGAUGAAACCAAUAUGAGAUGGAGUAUCCGUAGAGCAGAUCAUCAUCAUUUAACUCAGGAGAUCUUCAUAGACCUGGUUCUGCAGGGACCAUUAAGGCCAUUGAGAGGAACUGAUAAGGCCAUAGAGUGGUACCUUUAAGGCCACUAAGAGGUACUGAUAAGGACAUAGAGUGGUACCUUUAAGGCCAUAGAGUAGUACCUUUAAGGCCACUUAGAAGUACUGUUAAGGCCAUACCCACAUAACCACACAAGGGCACAUGAUGCGUUUCGCACCAGCCAAAGUAUUGAAAUCCAUCCUUUCAGGAGGAAUAGUUGUAUUAUUGAUAGUAAACAUUCAACUUUUAUACUGGAGCGGCAGUGGACCAAGGAAUGGCCGACUACGCGACACAGACGGCUAUAACGAAGCCAAGUCCCAAAUGGACAUACUUAUUUCUACUAGCACUAAACGCCAAGUACAGUUUAACAAACGUCCAAAAAGUGAAGUCCCAAUGGAAUCAAAUCCUCUAAAUCAUAUCCUUGAUGAUUUGGAUCAUAUAGAUAUGACACAUUUGCUCAAUCACCUUCAAGGACAAAUUCUGGAUACUUCUGAUAAAGAAGCCUUGCAGCGGACCAUUACAUUGAUAAAUCGUAACCAGACAAUUCUCAAUGCUGAAAAAUUCCAUUUUCAAAUCAGCAAAGAGACGGUAGUGAUUGUAGUACAGGUUCACAACAGAUUGGAGUAUUUAUUACAUCUAUUGAAUUCACUACGUAAUGUGCCAAAUGUUCACCGUGUUCUGCUAGUCAUCAGCCACGACUAUUACUCAAAUGAAGUGAAUGCCAUUGUUCAUUCGAUAAAUUUUUGUCCUGUGAUCCAGAUAUUCCUGCCAUAUACUAUACAGCUCUACUCAAACUCAUUCCCUGGCGAUGACCCAAAUGAUUGUCCACGAGAUAUUAAAAAAGAAGAAGCAUUAAAGAGAAAAUGCAACAAUGCUGAAUAUCCUGACAAAUAUGGUCAUUACAGGGAAUCGAAAUACUGCCAGAUUAAGCACCAUUGGAUAUGGAAGGCGAAGUAUGUCUUUGAAGACCUGCGUGUCACCCGCAACCACAGUGGACUUGUAUUGUUCUUAGAGGAAGACCACAUGGUUGUAGAUGACCUCUUGGUAGUUAUGAAACAGCUACAAGAUAUGAGGAUCAAACGCUGCCCCGACUGUGAUAUUUUAACAUUAGGAAACUAUGACAAAAACAUUAAUUAUGCAGCCUCUUCUGCAAGGGUUGAAACCAGUUUAUGGGUGUCAUCCAAACAUAACAUGGGGAUGGCCCUUACAAAAAAUGUAUGGAACAAAAUUAGCAGCUGUGCAAAAGAUUUCUGCGAGUUCGAUGACUAUAACUGGGAUUGGACAUUGCAGUAUGUAGGCAUGAAGUGUAUGCCGUCACCACUUAAAGUUCUAUAUGUGAAAUCCCCGAGAGUCUACCAUAUAGGAGAAUGUGGUACACACGCUAAACACAAAAUAUGUAAUCCAAGGGAUCGUGUAAAUCAAAUUAACACUCUACUGAAAAAUAACGAACAAUUCCUAUUUCCUGAUACACUCACUUUUAGCCUGAGUCCAGUUCCUAAAAUCCGUCUGCCAAAGCCAAAUGGAGGUUGGGGAGAUAAGCGGGACAGAGAUCUUUGUCGUGAUAUUAUCGCUGGGUUUAAACCUAAUUUCACAAGACAAAAAAUACAUUAGCAAUAAUUGAAGAUUGUGUAUUACAGGGGCAAAUGAUAUCAAAGUACUGUUUUCACUUCAUUUCAUCAGUGGUGGUUAAUCAAUGAUAUUAUUUGAGAAAUAUCUCAUUGGGUCCAAUGAAUGUAAGUGAGACAUUCGCCAUUAUUAUAUCACUGUCGAGCUUGCAAUUAAAUGAUUGGUCAAAACUGGGUCACA